UAUACCACAACUGUUUUUCAUAACAUAAUGUGAAGGUUUUGGUACACACAUGUUUUUUAUCUAAAUUAUAUGUAAUUAUCUUUUUAUCGUCAAAAUUCUUAUACGUGUUUUCCAAAAUGCCUAUCAAAUUAUUACUCGCUCGUCAAAUUAUUAAUGCUACCGGAAGACCAACGAUUGAAGUGGACAUGGUGACCGAACUCGGUUUGUUCCGUAUUGGAGUGCCUACUCUUGAUGAUAAGAAGCCAGGCGAGGCUAUACAACUGCUCGAUAACAAUCCUGCAGAAUAUCACGGCCUGGGCGUCUCCAAUGCCGUGAAGAAUGUAAACACCAUAAUCGCCCCAGAACUGAUCAAACAGAAUCUGGAAGUGACAAUGCAAAAGGAGAUCGACCAGUUCAUGAUCGCUUUAGAUGGCACGGAGAAUAAGUCGAGAUUAGGCGCCAAUGCUAUUAUGUGCGUCUCAUUGGUGGUCGCGAAAGCAGGAGCGGCGAAAAAAGGCGUGCCUCUUUACAGACACGUCUCUGACAUGGCGGGCGUCACCACCAUCAUACUGCCCGUACCACACUUCACCAUACUCAGUGGUGGUAAGCUCGCUUCCAACGGUUUACCGUUUCAAGAAUAUUGCAUAAUGCCUACUGGAGCUGCCACCUUUGCAGAAGCUAUGCGUAUGGGCACUGAAAUAUACCAUUUCGUAAAAAAAAAUAUAGAAUCAAAAUAUGAUAAAGAGUACACUUACGUGAGUGAUAAUGGCGGAUUCCCGAUCCCUCUGGCCACUCACCGAGAAGCUUUGCUCUUCCUCACAGAUGCAAUCAAACAAUGUCAAUAUCUCGGCAAAGUUGAGAUAGCUAUUAACGCAGCAGCCACGGACAUGUUCAAAGAUGGAGCAUACGAUAUAGAAUUUAAAAACCCGAACUCAAAUCCUCAGGAAUAUCUAUCUUCCGACAAACUAGCCGAAGUAUAUUUGGAUAACAUCAAAGAGUUCCCCGUUUGUUCCAUAGAAGAUGCCUUCGCUUUUGAUGAUUGGUCGGCGUGGACGACAUUAACGGCUAGGAUUCUGGAUAAGCAGCUUUUAGGUAACGACUUGACGCAAACUAACGUGGUAAGAGUUGGUAUGGCGGUAGAAAAGAAAGCUGCGAAUGCGCUGACGUUGAGGCUUAAUCAGUCUGGGACGUUGAGCGAGGUUGUAGAAGCAUUUAAACUGAUGAAGUCUAAUGGUAUUGGUGUUAUGGUGGAAGAUCGUUGGGGAGAUACUGAUGAUCUGUUUUUGGCCGAUUUCGUGAUAGGGCUGUCUGCGGGUCAAAUGAAGUGUGGCGCGCCGGUGCGCGGCGAGCGAGUGGGCAAAUACAAUCAAGUUCUCAGGAUAGAAGAAGAGUUGGGUGCAUUGUCUAAGUACUCCGGCAGGAAUUACAGGGGCCAAUUACUGUGAAUUGUUUUGUAACGUCUAAAUGAAAUAAUGUGAACGUUUUGUGAAGUAUUAAAUCAAUAUUUAUUUUAA